UAUUCAUAAAUUGUUUUGCGAAUCACAAUUGCAUAUCUUUGUUAGUUAAAGAAGUAAUCACAAGUGUUUGCAAAAUUAAAGUUAGAAAACAAUUUAAAGCGUUUCACCAACAUGUUCUGCAAAGUAGGAAGGCAGCUGGGCCAGCAGAUAGGCCAGCAAAUACGUUUGACAUCUCGCCGCAUGUUGGCCACCACAAAAACUUUAUGCAAAGAUGCCGAAGCCAAGGCAGAAUCGGAACCGGCACCGCCUAAAAGCAUACUCGUGGAAAAGGAUAAAAAUAUUACUUUGAUCGGUAUUAACCGUCCACAGCAGCGCAAUGCCAUCGAUUCGAGUACCGCUUCCCAGCUUUGUGAGGCAUUCUCCGCCUUCGAGGCGGAUGAUACCUCGCCGGUAGCCGUCCUGUAUGGUGUGGGCGGAUCGUUUUGCUCGGGCUUUGACAUUCUUGAGAUCAGCACCGACGAAAAGGAGGAGAUAAGCGUUGAUAUUCUGAUGCGUCCCGAGGGAUCUGUUGGUCCCACACGUCGCCAGAUUAAAAAGCCGGUCAUUUGCGGCAUCAAUGGCUAUUGCAUAGCCAAUGGCUUGGAGCUGGCGCUCAUGUGUGAUUUGCGCGUCAUGGAGGAGUCGGCUGUGCUGGGCUUCUUUAAUCGGCGCUUUGGUGUGCCGAUGCUAGACGGUGGCACUGUGCGGCUGCCCGCCAUGAUUGGACUCUCCCGUGCGCUGGAUCUGAUACUCACGGGACGCCCGGUGGGUUCACAAGAGGCGCAUGAUAUUGGCCUAGUUAAUCGUAUUGUGCCCACAGGCACAGCGCUGGGCCAUGCACUGGAGCUAGCCACUUGCUUGGCCAAAUUUCCGCAGCGUGCACUCAAUCAUGAUCGCAACUCGGUUUACUCCGCCUCGUUUGAGACAUCAACGUUCCACCAGGCCGUGCAGAACGAGGUAAUGUACACAUCACGCGAAAUCAUCGAGGACAUGCAGAACGGCAUCAAGUGGUUCAAUAAUACGUUCAAGGCAGACACCACACAUUCGUGGCUGAAGCGCGACCGAUCUAUGGCUGACUGGGAUGAUGAGGAUGUGGCAGCUGCAGCAGCUCAAAAGGAGACCAAAAAGCAGGAGGAAGAAGCAGCACUUGUUGAGGCUGAGAAGCAGAAGCUGGCAGAGAAGGCGCUCAAGAAGUCCAAGAAAUCCGUUGAAGCAAAACCUGAAGAAAAGACCAGCGAAAAGGACAGCAGCAAAAUAACGGAUCCAAACGAAAAGCCAAAGGAUAAAUAAGGGCAAACUUAGUGCAUAGAACUAAAUUAAAAUAUUUUGUAUAUAAUAACAUCCUUACAUGCAGUUCAGAACUGAUCAA